GAAUUCGUGAGGGGUAGUUAAAUUCAAUGUUAAAACAAAAAUAUGUAGCGCCAAACUGGACAACGUAGUUGGGAGAAACAAACAAAAACACAUCUGUGCACGUUGACAUGUCCCCGUGAUGGGCUUGGAUGUUUACGGUCCGUGAAGAUCCAAACUGCACCCCUUUUUCUUAGUACAAAACAAGAGAAAAAAAUCCGGUCAACACGUCAGCUGAUCGCUAAAAAAGCUAACACGCGUUCUCUCCAGAAAUUCCGCUCGUCAGUUUUCUCUUCCGCGAGCCCCGUCGCCAAAGCGCGGCUCUUAUCCAUCCUCAUCCCCCACCCGGAUACCACACGACCACCCCAGGAUACGCCGCCGCUGCCGCCUGCGCGCCCACCGUCGCCGGAUCCCCCUGCUCCCCACCGCCGGUAUGCCCGCUCUCCCGCGCCACCAAGCCCCUGCUCAACUAGGACACGGGCGGCCAUGGCGGGCGUCCCUCCACCACUGUCGCCGGCGGAUCCCCCCCGUUCCACAUCGCCAGACCCCCCGCGCGCCGCCGAAUCCCCCGGCUCCCCUGCUCCACCAGGACCAGCGGCCAUGGCGUCAUCCUUCCUCCACCACCGCUAGCGGCCAUGGCGGUCCAGCACCAGCACCGACCACUCUCUCGUGGUGGAAAUCUUGACCUCUGACACUGCGCGAGCGCGAGCGCCCGAGCCACUCCGUCGUCGCCUCUGCUCCUCCCUGCUUGCGAGCACCUCCGCGUCCAUGGUCGACCGCCUCCCAUCGUCCUCUGCUUCGUCCGCCCCUUGGCUAGCCGACGCCCAUGCCUCCUUGCCUUCCCAUCCUCCUCUGCUCUGGCCGCCUCUUGGCUAGCCGACGCCUAUGCCUCCUUGCCUUGGCCGCCUUUACCUCCUCAUGUAGCCCGACAACCACCGUCCUUGCUCCACCUCGCCGCGCGACAGAAGCCGUCUCCGCCGCGCACGCCCCGGUGAGCGUCCUCCAUCCUCCCGCGCAAGCCACAGCGGCCGCCGGCGAACGACAGAACGGGCGCUAUGGAUAAGAGGACUCAGUUUUUUUCUAUAAAUGAAGGGUCGCGGGUUGAAUACCAAUGAAUACAGGGGCGUUUUUGCAAAAACGAAACGUUUACUCAGAUUCUCACUAAAAAUAGACUGCGGGUUGAUUUCUAAAAAACGAAGGGACUUUUCUGCAAAAAUGACGAUGACGUACGACCAGAAGCGAUAUGUGGUUUAUUAUUACAGUAUAUUAUAGGGAAAGAUUUAUCAGGUCGGUUGGCAAGAUUAUCAGAAUUGCUUCCACCGUGAACCGCCGGUACCACGCUUGCUCUCCAUGAGAAUUGCCAAAAUUACCAGACACGCACAAAGCCAAGUCCCAAUCAAGCCGUCAGAUGAGACUACGAAUCAGACACUAUUUGUGAAGGUCAAUAAGAAAUUGAUGAUUAACGAUAUAUCAGGUGGAUCACCGCAUCGUUCCACGACCCGGGAGCGGAUUGUCUGCGGGCUCGUACUCCUCGGAAGACCCGCCCCGUUGACGACCCGAACUCUGAAUCGCCCUGCUACCUCAACCCGCUGCUUCGCCGGCGCUUCGUCACUACCGCGCGCGCCUCCACAUUAUCAAAUCGCCGCGAGCCGCCGUCAUUACACGCUGUCGCCAGGUUGCAAUAGGUUCAACCCCAAGUCAUUGCCAUGACCUGCUGUCGCCGCGGGCUGCCGCGCUUGUCUUCAAGCCGGCUCCUCCAUGGCCGAGCCGCCUUCGAGAUGGCGAGUUAACGCCGAGCCGCCGUCACUGUACGCCGUCACUGAAGCUCGCCGAGCCAAGACCGCCGUGGCCCUGCCGGGUCAACACGCCCGCGUUAAACCGCCGUGCGUUGCCGAGCCGCCAAGCGCACCACAAACUACCGCAGGAUAUUCAUUUGAACAGGCAAAAUCAAAAAAGAGGAAGGAAAAGAGUAAGGAAGAUGAUGAUGGUGGUCCUGUGCAUCAAUGUAAACGAAGCAUCUGUACGGAUUCUCCUUGUAGUGCUAGUGCAUUACAAGUUCCAAGUCUCCGCUCCCCUACUCCACCAUCCAAGAAUGCAAAAUUAAUAAAGCGGAAGGAAAUUUGUAAGGCAUUGGAUGAUGGUGGUCCUUCCGCGCAACUGAAAUGGAGGGUCUCUACAGAUUCUACUCCGCCAUCCUCCCAACAAGAUUCGCAAUACAACGCAGGCUAGAUAGUCAACAUAGCUGUGUAGAUGAUGAACACUUCUCCCCUACUCCACCAUCACAGGUGCUUGCUCUAAUUUGGCACUAUUAUAUGUGG